GUGUAGGGAUGCUAUAGAGGGUUUUCGGUGCAGAGAAUCCAAACGCUUCUAUGGACGAAAGAGAAAAUAGAGUUAAAAAGGUUACUACUCAGAUUUUGCAGAGCCUGGAGCUGAGCUGAGAAAACCCCCAACCCCAACCUCAACCUUAACCUCUCCUCACUUUCUUUUCAACCAGAACUAUGAUUAAGCUUUUUAAAGUAAAGGAAAAACAGAGAGAACUGGCAGAAAAUGCGAGUGGCGGACCACCCGUUAAGAAGCAAAGUGCCGGCGAGUUGCGUCUUCACAAAGAUAUAAGCGAGCUGAAUCUACCAAAAUCAUGUACCAUGCAAUUCCCCAAUGGCAAAGAUGACCUGAUGAACUUUGAAGUUUCAAUUCGACCUGAUGAUGGAUAUUACUUAGGUGGCACAUUUUUGUUUUCCUUUCAAGUGUCUCCCAUCUAUCCACAUGAAGCACCAAAGGUUAAAUGCAAGACAAAGGUCUAUCAUCCAAAUAUUGACUUGGAAGGAAAUGUUUGUCUCAACAUCUUACGAGAAGAUUGGAAACCUGUCCUUAAUAUAAACACUGUCAUCUAUGGCUUGUAUCAUCUCUUCACGGAACCAAAUUACGAGGAUCCACUGAAUCAUGAUGCUGCUGCUGUGUUGAGAGAGAACCCUAAGAUGUUUGAAUCUAAUGUGAGGAGGGCAAUGGCUGGAGGGUAUGUGGGGCAAACCUUUUUCCCACGCUGUAUUUAGACCUUUUGCACGAUACCUUCAAGUUCCUGUUCAAAUAUGUUAUCAAUGCGUGAAGGCCCUUGGUUUGUAAAAUUUAUCAAAAAAUUGGAUUUUACUUUUGUCAGUUAUGUUAUUUUUCUUGGUGGAGCGACAGGCCAAGUUCCUAAGACCACCAAGCGCGUCUAAAAGCCAAACAAGUGGAAUGUUCUUGUAACCUGUGCUUUAAUUGAAUGUUAACGUUUAAUUCUAAAGUGGACCAAGCAGAAAAAUGAGUUCAGCUGUCAA